CUGAAUGACGUUUGAAGAGGUCUUCCGAAGCGGCGACAAGUAUUCAUCUGCACGUUGAGAGCGGAUACAAAACGAGUCAGCAAGCGAGCAAGAAAGCAAGGAUUGUCCCGGUUCUGUCAGUGUAACUCCGCCCCUCGUCUCCCGCAGGUGUGUGUUUUGCUUGCGCGUUAUUAACGCGGGCGCGAUGGCUCAGGUGGGCGCGAUAGCGUCCCUGGCGUUGGCUCUCGUCGCUGCCGCGCUGUUCUCUGCCGUGCACAAGAUCGAGGAAGGACACACGGGCGUUUACUACAGAGGUGGCGCUCUCCUAACCUCCACCAGUGGCCCCGGCUUUCACCUCAUGCUGCCUUUCAUCACCUCCUUUAAAUCUGUGCAGACCACGUUACAGACAGACGAGGUUAAAAACGUCCCGUGUGGAACAGGUGGAGGGGUGUUGAUCUACUUCGACAGGAUUGAGGUGGUGAAUUUUCUCGUCCCCUCUGCAGUGUACGACAUUGUGAGGAAUUUCACGGCGGAUUAUGACAAGUUGCUGAUCUUCAACAAAGUUCACCACGAGCUCAAUCAGUUCUGCAGCGUGCACACCCUGCAGGAGGUGUACAUCGAGCUGUUCGAUCGGAUUGAUGAGGAUCUCAAGCUCGCUCUGCAGCAGGAUCUCACCAUCAUGGCUCCAGGACUCAUUAUACAGGCUGUUCGCGUCACAAAGCCCAACAUACCAGAAAGCAUCCGCAGAAACUACGAGCUAAUGGAGAGUGAGAAGACGAAGCUGCUGAUCGCAGCGCAGACACAGAGAGUGGUGGAGAAAGAGGCAGAGACAGAGAGGAAGAGAGCCGUGAUCGAGGCUGAGAAGUUGGCCCAGGUGGCAGAAAUCAAGUUUGCGCAGCAGGUGAUGGAAAAGCAGACGGAGAGAAAGAUCUCGGAGAUCGAAGACUCUGCUUACCUGGCGAAGGAGAAGGCCCGGGCCGACGCUGAGUUCUACACAGCUCUGAGGACAGCCGACGCCAACCGGAUGAAGCUGACCCCUGCGUACCUGCAGCUCAUGAAAUACAAAGCCAUCUCAGCCAACAGCAAGAUUUAUUUCGGGAGCAAAAUCCCACGCAUGUUCGUGGACUCCGCCCCUGGGGGCUUGCAGACCGCCGCAGUGGACGGGACAGACGAGGGGGGGCCCCAGAGCCACAGCUGUCGAUCUCCCCCAGGAGGGGGUGUGGGUGAGAGGGGUCCCCGAAACUCUUUGAGAAGGUCCACAGUAAACUCCAGUAUUAAACCCUGA